CUGAAACCAACAAAAAAAGAUCCUACCUUUACCAGGAAAUCAAACAGAUCUGAAGAAUCUCUUCGAUGGCUUCAUCAGGCAAAUCGGUGAUCCAAACCCUAAAAAAGUUCAUGAAAAAACCAUGGGAAUUCACAGGUCCCCAAACAAGUCCCGAAUAUGUCCCCUCUAUACCCAAAGCAACAGAAUACCGUAUCUUCUGCCCGGCAACUGCCCAAGCUGAAGCAAUCGUGCCCACAUCCGACCCGGAAACCGUGUUUGAUAUAAAGUAUUAUUCUCGUGACCAGAGACGUAACCGUCCUCCAAUUAGGCGAACGGUCCUUAAUAAAGCUGAUGUGGAGAAGAUGAGGAUGGAGUAUAAGUUUGAUGUUAAUGAUUUCCCUAAACCUUAUUUGACUGCUAAGGUUGUUGAGGAUGAUAAUGCUAUUGGUGGUGGUUACCAGAAAUAGAAGGCUGUGCAGUUGUGGUGAAGACUCGCUGUCAAUAAUCUUAGCUGAUGAUGUUUUGCAGUGUCAGCCAAGUGUAUUGCAAAUGUACUCCCUUUGCUUUUAACAUGUUGAGAUAUAUAUUCUUGGAGCAAUUUGGUUUUACAGUGAAAAGUUUCACCAGUUGAAUAAUUUUGUUCAUUUAGCAUUAUGCAGAUUGUUUCCUGUCUUGUGUUUGGAAGGGUGAAGUUGGUCGAAUGCUGCAUGUGAUUAGCUAUAUAUAGUCUGAUUCUGAUUUCCCAGA